CCCAGAGAUGGCCUUCCAGCGGAGCCACCGGCUGAACCUGCUGCGCCUCGUCGUGCUGCUCCUCGUGGCCUUGGCCGGCAUCAAGUUCCUCUUCCGUGACAGCUUUACCCUGGACCUGCACAAGCACGUCAGCAAGGACAGCGGGUUCUGGGGGGACACAGGUGACGUCGUCCAGGACGUCAUCCCCCAGAGCCAGGUUCUGGAAGCCCCUGCAGCAAAGAUAAUGACCCUAAAGCAAAAGCAGCAGGUCCUUAGGGAUGUCAGUGCCACCGAGAUGAGGCUGGUCCACCUGGACCUCAAGGGAGCUGCGCCCAGAGUCUCCUACCUGGAACAGGUGUUCCCCCUCCUGUCCCAGCUGGGAGCCAACGGCGUCCUCAUUGAGUACGAGGACAUGUUCCCCUUCAAGGGGGAGCUGGAAAUCCUCAGGUCCCCGUACGCUUACAGUGAGGAGGACAUCGAGCGGAUCCAGCAGCUGGCGGAGCAACACAAGCUGGAGGUGGUUCCCCUGGUGCAGACCUUUGGCCAUGUGGAGUUCAUCCUCAAGCACGAGAAGUACCAGCACCUGCGCGAGGUUGAGCGCUUCCCCAACAGCUUCAACCCCCACGUCCCCGACACCCUGGCCCUGCUCAAGAGCAUCCUGGCUCAGGUGAUCGAGAAGCACCGGCGCUCCACCUGGAUCCACAUCGGUGCAGACGAGGUUUUCCAUCUCGGGGAGGGGAUGGACUCCAAGAGCUGGAUGAGCCACCACAAGGGCGACGUGGGGACCAUGUACCUGAAGCACAUCAAGGAGGUCCUGGGCUUCCUCACGGCGCAGUACUGGGGGCUGCGGGUGCUCAUGUGGGACGACAUGCUGAGGAAGAUCAGCGUGGGAGCCCUGCGGGAGUCCGGGAUAGCCAAGCACGUCUCACCCGUGGUGUGGUUCUACGCACCCGACUUCGAGGCUGAGCAGAUCGUGCAGUUCCUCACCAAGUACGUGGAGAGCGGCUUCGAGGCCGUGUGGUUCGCCAGCGCCUUCAAGGGCACCACGGGGCCGGCGCAGGCCUGGACCCCGCUGAGCUACCACCUGAAAAACCACCUGAGCUGGCUGAAGGUGAUGCAGGCCGUGCCACGGCUGGCCCCGCUGCGCUUGCAGGGUGUCGUGCUCACCGGCUGGCAGAGGUAUGAUCACUACUCGGUGCUCUGCGAGCUGCUGCCCGUCAGCAUCCCCUCGCUGGCCAUCUGCCUGCAGACCCUGGUGAACGGGGGCUUCACAGAAGAGGCAAAGAGGAAGGUCCUGGAUGUGCUGGGCUUGGAGAGCGUGCAGCUGGAGCAGAGCACCUGCGAGGGCAGGGGAGCGUUCCCUGGUGUGGAGAUCUACCACAUGGUGGAGCAGGUUAAUGGCCACCUGAAGGAGAGCAUCCUUAAGGCCCUGGAGGAGGAGAGUGCCAUCAAGGGCUGGUUCAGCCCCUACCACAGGAAACGCCAGUUUGGGAACCCCCGCAACAUGGAGAGCUUUGGCAGCAAGGUGCUGAAGCUCCAUGAGGACUGGGAGAGCUUUGUCCGUGACCUGCGUGCCCAGCUGGAGAGGAUCUACUUCCCUGACACAGUGGAGGAGUGGCUGGAGGAGAACGUCAACCCCUACCUGGACCAGCUGCGGGAGCUGGUGCGGGACUACCGGGCCAUCAUCCGCCUCAAGGGCCGGCCCAAGGCCACGUAGGGGCUGCAGCCCCCUGCUCCCGCUGCCCCCUGGCUCUGGGGCCACCAUCGUGUGUGUGUCUGUUUGCUGGUGACAGCGCUGCUGCUGCCGUCUGCACUGUACAGAGCCCCUGCUCUCCCCCUCCACAAUAAAGUAUUUUCGUAGA